GAAGCGUCUCCCGCUACAGAGGGAAUCCACCUUUCCAGGAACACAGCAGUGACCAGCUUGGAGACCAUCACGUCUACACAGGAGUCCCGGUCCUUUGCCCCAGCGGGAUCCGAGACACCCAAAGGCACCACCUCAGUAGUCCCCUCUUUGCUCACUGGGGGCGCCUCAUUUUCAACACCGGAGGCUGGCCUUCCUCAAGCCACGGAGUCUGAGACACCGUCAAUGUCAUCCCCUGGCCUGGAACCACGGGAAACCAGCACGUCCCAGCACACCACCCUGGAUUCGGGGACAAUGAGUGUCCCUUCAUCAGCGUCCACUGAUACUACUGCGGGCGACUCUAGGACCCACGUCAUCUCCUCCAGCAGCACAUCCAUCCCUGGCCUUUCUCAGUCCAUGAUUUCACCAGACAUCUCCACAGGAAUCAACACCAGGCUCUCUACCUCCUUCACCUUGACAGAGUCCACAGCCCGAGCCGUGGUCCCCAAAACAGUUGUCCCUGGGACUACAUCACAGGACACACGUAACAAGGAUGCAUCAACCACGGCCUCCUGGGCCGAAAGUCACUCAGCAGGGACUCAGGUUUCUGCAAGGUCAGUAGUGACCAUUGGCGUGGGCACGGGUUCUGAGAUUGUGUCAUGGACAAGCCCUGCCUCUGACCAGGACAACACAUCUCCAUCCCCCCUGGUGCCCUCACGUGCCACGACAUCGCCUUCUCUACAUUCCCCCACAUCACAAGCCAGGGACCCUAUUGCACCUGUCCCUGCCACUUCACCAGGCACGCCUAGCACAAUGGAGACCACUGGCACAUUGAACAUGACUUUGAGCACUGUGACAAAUCCACCUUCAGGUGUGAGCAGCACCUCAGGUGACAGCCGGGUGUCUUCAGAAGCGUCUCCCUCUACAGAGGUACUCCACCUUUCUGGGAACACAGCAGUGACCAGCUUGGGGACCAUAAUGUCUACACAGGAGUCCUGGUCCUCUGCCCCAGUGGGAUCAGAGACACCCAAAGGCACCACUGCAGAAGUCACCUCAUGGCUCCAUGGGGACACCUCACUUUCCACAUCAGAGGCUGGGCUUUCUGAAACCACUGAGUCUGAGACACGGUCAGCGUCAUCCCCUGGCCUGGAACCAUGGGAAACCAGCACAUCCCAGCAAACCACCGUGGACUCAGAGACAAUGAGUGUCCCUUCUCCAGUGCCCACUGGUACUACUGCAGAGGACUCUAGGACCCAUGUCAUCUCCUCCAGCAGGACAUCCAUCACUGGCACUGCUCAGUCCAUGAUUUCUCCAGACAUGUCCACAGGAAUCAACACCAGGCUCUCUACCUCCUCCAUCUUGACUGAGUCCACGGCUAUAGCCUUAGUCCCCAAAACAGUUGUCCCUGGGGCUACAUCACAGGACACAAGGAACACGGAUGCAUCAACCACGGCCUCCUGGGCAGAAAGUCACUCAGCAGGCACUCAGGUUUCUGCAAGCUCAGAAGUGACCAUUGGCGUGGACACGGGUUCUGAGGUUGUGUCACAGACAAGCCCUUCCUCUGACCAGGACACCACAUCUCCAUCCCCCCUGGUGCCCUCACUUGCCACGACGUCACCUUCUCUACAUUCCCCCAUAUCACAAGCCAAGGAUGUUACUCCACCUGUCCCUGCCACUUCACCACGCACACCUGCCGGGCUGGGGACCAGUGGUGCAUUGAUCACAAGCUUCGGACUUGGGACAAGUCCACCCUCAGGUGUGAGCAGCACCUCAGGUGACAGCCGGGUGUCUUCAGAAGCAUCUCCCACUACAGAGGUACUCCACCUUUCCGGGAACACAGCAUUGACCAGCUUGGGGACCAUCACGUCUACACAGGAGUCCCAGUCCUCUGCCCCAGUGGGAUCAGAGACACCCAAAGGCACCACUGCAGUAGUCCCCUCUUCGCUCACUGGGGACAUCUCAUUUUCCACACCGGAGGCUGGCCUUUCUAAAACCACAGAGUCUGAGACACGGUCAAUGUCAUCCCCUGGCCUGGAACCACGGGAACCCAGCACGUCCCAUCACACCACCGUGGACUCAGAGACAAUGAGUGUCCCUUCUCCAUUGCCCACUGGUACUAAUGCAGAGAACUCUAGGACCCAUGUCUACUCCUCCAGCUGGACAUCCAUCUCUGGCCCUUCUCAGUCCACGAUGUCUCCAGACUUCUCCACAGGAAUCAACACCAGGCUCUCUACCUCCUCCAUCUUGACCGAGUCCACGGCUAUAGCCUUAGUCCCCAAAACAGUUGUCCCUGGGGCUACAUCACAGGACACAAGUAACACGGAUGCAUCAACCACGGCCUCCUGGGCCGAAAGUCACUCAGCAGGCACUCAGGUUUCUGCAAGCUCAGUAGUGACCAUUGGCGUGGACACGGGUUCUGAGGUUGUGUCAUGGACAAGCCCUGCCUCUGACCAGGAUACCACAUCUCCAUCCCCCCUGGAACCCUCGAGUGCCAUGACGUCUUCUCUACUUUCCCCCACAUCACAAGCCAGGUACCUUUCUCCACCCUUCCCUGCCACCUCACCAGGCACAGCUGGUUCUCUGAGGACCCCUGGCACAUUGAGCACUGGUUUGGGACCUGUGACAAGUCCAACUUCAGGGUUGAGCAGGACCUCAGGUAACACCCAGGUAAUCUCAGAAGUGUCUGCCGCUACAGAGGGACUCUACCUUUCUGGGAACACAACAGUAACAAACAUGGGGGCAGUCAUGUCUUCCCAGGAGUCCCAGUCUUCUACCCCAUCGGGCUCAGAGACAGCGAAAAGCACCACUGCAGUUGUCACCUCUCCUCUCAGUGGGGACACCUCGUUUUCCACUCCAAUGUCUCACCUUUCUGAAACCACAGAGUUUAGGACACAGUCAACGUCUUUCUUUGGCCCACAACCACAGGAUACCAGCACCUCCUGGCACACCAUCACGGCCUCGGGGAAAAUGACUGUCCCUUCUAUAGUGGUCACUGACACUACCAUGGAGGCCUCCAGGACCAGCGUCAUCUCCUCCAGCAGGACAUCCAUCCCUGGACCUUCUCAGUCCACGAUGUUACCAGACAUCCCCCCAGGAAUCAACACCAGGUUUUCUACCUCUGCCCUAGUUGUUGAAACUGGGACAAUCAGCUUCAUUACCCCGAAAGCUUCAUCUGGAAUUCCAGGAGCCAGCUCAGCCACCUUCUCAACCAGUCCCUAUUGGAGGACAGAACCAGGCCCUGGAGAUGCUAUGCCCACCAUUGUGGAGAACCUGCCUUCAUCAGCUUCAAUACCAUUCCCCUCUUCGACCUUCACUACUGCUUACUCUUCAACCAACCCAGCCCCCCAUAGGAUUACUUCCUCACUCGUUACCCAACGUAUGGGGGGCACCAACACUGGGGCAGAGAGGAGCACUGCCAAAGGACCCUUGAUUGUGGCCAGUACUUUGGAGACAUGGACUGAGCCAGUCAGGACAUCUUUAUCAUCCAUUAUGGAUACCAGAAUGACAGAGCAUACUCACUUGGGAACAGUGACACAUGCCUCUCAACUUCCUUCACGAUCAACACAGUUGACAAGGACAGAUGGCAUUGUGGAGCCGAUCACAAAGAAGCCCAAUGAGGCAGCCCAUGGAGGAGCCACAGGACCAGCCCAUGUCUCUGUGACACUCACAUCAUCUGCUAGUCCAAAAGGACCACCAACAGAGUGGACAGAAAGCGCAGAAAUCACAGCUCUGAAGACCACCUCUACAGCAACUUUGACCACUACAGUCUCCACUCCCACUUCCGGAAUGCUGACUCUCCUCAGGACAUCAGGUAAAAUGGCCAGCACAAGCACAAGAGGAACGAUCUUUACAACCCCAGAUGUUUCCCCUGAUGUUCUAGAGAUGACAGCCUCACUGGCCACUACACCUGGAGCAGAUACCAGCACAGAGCUUCCCAGGACAACUUCAUCUGUUUUCAAUAGAGGGUCAGAAACCACACCCUCACUGGUCCCUAGUUCUGGGGCAAAGAAUAGUACCGCUAUUCCAACUCUGACUGUCUUCCCUAGUGUACCAGAAAUGGCAACCUCACUGGCAACAAGUCCUGGGGCAGAGAAAAGUAUGGUCAUUUCAACUCUAACUGAUUCCCAAGAUGAACCAGAGACCUCUGCCUCAUGGGUCACCCAUCCUGUGGUGCAGAGCAGUUCAUCCACUCCAACUCCAAAUGUCUUCCCUGGUGAUCCAGGGCUGGUGACCUCACUGGAUGCUAGUUUUGCAGCAGAGACCAGCCCAGCUGGUCAAACUCUGACUAUUUCUCCUGGUAAGCCAGAAAGAACAGUCUCAUUGAUUACACGUCCUGAGUCACAGACUGGUUCAGCCAUUCCAACUCCAACCAUCUCCCCUAGUGUAAUAGGAGUAGAAAUCUCACCAGUCACCAAUUCUGAGGCAGAAGACAGUACAGCAUUUAUAACUCUGACUGAUGAACUAGAGGCAACAGCCUCACAGGUCACCCAUGCUGGAACAGAAGCCAUUUCCACUGUUGGAGCUUUGACUGUUUCCCCUGGUGAGCCAAAUACAAGAGCUUCAUGGGCUCAUUCCACAGAGAACAGCACACCUGUUUCCAGAAUAACUCCGGAUUUUUCUCAAAGUGAACUAGACACCACACUCUCAAUGUCCACCACUCCUAGGGCAGAAGCUAGUUCAGCCACUCCAACAAUCACUGUCUUACCUGGUGUACCAGAUAUGGUGACCUCACAGUUCACUAGUUCUGGGACAGAUGCCAGUACAACCUCUUUGACUCUGACUGAAUCCCUGCAUGAAUCAGAUACAACAGUCACUUAUCCUGCAACAUCCAGCCCAACAGUUCCUGGGACAACCCCCCAUGUUUCCCAUAGGGAAUCAGACAGCAUGCCUUCAACAGCCACCAGCCUUGAGACAGAAGCCAGUUCAGCUGCUCCAACUACACCUAUCUCCCUUGGUGUACCAGACAUGGUGACUUCACAGGCCACUAGUUCUGGAACAGGUGCCAGUACGGUUCCUUCACCUCUGACUCUUUCUGCUGGCAAACCAGUAAGCACAGUCUCAUGGGUUAAUCAGGAUGGAGCACAGACCAGUUUUUCCGUCUCAACUCCAACUGUCUCCCCUGCUAUAUCAGAGGUGGGGACCUCACUGGUCACUAGUUCUGGGGCAGAGACCAGUGCAACUUUUCUAACUCUUACUGAUUCCUUGCAUGAUUCCGAGACAACAGCCUUAUGGGUCACUCAUUCUGCAAAGACCGGCACAUCUGUUUCCAGAACAACUCCACACCGUGAAUCAGACAUCUCAUUCUCAACAACUACCACUCCAGGAGCAGAGAUCAGUUCACCUUCAGCUACAACUGUCUCACCCACUGUGCCAGGAUUGGUGACUUUAUUGGCUACCAGCUCUGAAGCAGAAGCCAAUACAACUCUCUCAACUCUGACUGAUUCAUUGCAUGAACUGGAGACCACAGCCUCAUGGGUCACCCAUUCUGAGAAAAAAGCCAGUUCAGCUUCUCCACCUCUUUCUGUUUCCCCUGAGGAGCCAGAAACAGCAGUCUCAUUGGUCACCCAUUCUGCAGAGACCAGUCCAGCUAUUCCCAAGGCAACCCCCAGUUUUCCCCAUAGUGAAUCAAGUACCACACACUCAAUAGCUACCAGUUCUGGGGCACAGACAAUUUCAGCAAUUCUAACUCCAGCAGGCUCCCCUGGUGUAUCAGGGGUGGAAAUCUCACUGAUUACAAGUUCUGAGGCAGAGACCAGUACAACUCUUACAACUCUCACUGUUUCUCCAGGUCAACUGGAGACCACAGCCUCAUUGGUCACCCAUUCUGAGAAAGAAGCCAGUUCAGCUGCUCCUACUCUUACUAUUUCCCCCGAGGAGCCAGAAACAGCAGUCUCAUUGAUCACCCAUCCUGCAGAGACCAGUCCUACAGUUCCAAGGACAAUACCCAGUGUUUCCCAUAGUGAAUCGUAUACCACACCCUUAGUGGCCACCAGCCAUGGGGCAGAAGUCAGUUCUGUUGUUCCAACUCCAACUGUUUCCCCUGGUGUACCAGAUAUGGUGACCUCACAGGUCACUAGUGCUGAGAAAGAGGCCAGUAUGACUAUCUCGACUCUGAAUCUUUCUCCUAUGGAGUCAGUGACCACAGCCAUGAUGGUUACUCAUUCUGGGGCACAGACCAGUUCAGCCAUUCCAGCUCCAGCUGUCUCCUCUACUGUGCCAGAGCUGGUGACUUCAAUGGUCACCAGUACUGGGAAAGAAGCCAGUACGAGUUUUACAACUCUUACUGUUUCUCCAGGUCAACUGGAGACCACGGCUUCAUGGGUCACCCAUUCUGGGACAGAAGCCAAUUCAGCUGUUCCAACUCAGACUGAUUUUACACAUAAGCCAGAUAUAACAGUCUCAUUGGUCACCCAUUCUGAAGAGACCAGCCCAAACACCUCUGUCCCCACAACACCUCUGGUUUUUUCCAAAAGUGAACCAGAUACCAUACACUCAAUAGCCACCAGUCUUGGGGCAGAAGUCAGUUCAGUUGUUCCAAGUACAACCAUCUCCCCUGGUGUACCAGAUAUGAUGACCUCCCAGUCCCCUAGUUCUGAGACAGAUGCUGAUAUAACUAUUCCAAGUCUGGCUCUUUCUCCUAGUGAACCAGCAACCACAGCCUUAUUGGUCACCCAGUACAGUACAAAGACAAUCACGAAUUUUCCUAGUUCAACUGCUUUUCCUCACUUACCAGAGACCAUAGCCUCACUAUCCAUCCGGCCUCAGCUGGAGAUUAGUGCAGCUCUUCCAACUCAGACUGUUUCCCCCAGUCCAGCAGAAAUAACAUCCUUCACCACACCUGUGAUCAAGACCAGUGGAGGUGAUCUAGGUCCAACUAUCUCACUUGGUGCUCCUGCGGAAACAGCCUCACUCUCCACCCAUCCUGGCACAGACAUCAGCACAGCUAUUUCAACCUCAACUCUUUCCCCCAUUUUACUGGUGACCACAGGCUUACUGGCCUCCAGCCCUGCAUCAGAUGCCAGCACCAGUAUCCCAACUUUGACUCCUGGUGUUCUUGGGCCUGUCAGUACCCCUGCAACCACUGGUGAAACCUCACCACCUGUGACUUCAGUUGGAUUCCCUGAAUUGUCCAAAACUGUGACUCUGAUAGCAUCAGAGACCCCAACACCACCGAAAACUGGUCACAGAGAAGGACUGAGUUCAACCACUAUCCUGAAAACUACAACGCUUGAGACUACCAAUGUAGCUGCUACAGGUUCAGGCCCCAUCAUGGCAGAGAACACAACCACCUUCAGUACAUCAGCAGGAAGUCCCUUUGUCCCUGAGACCUCACCUGGGAUGUCCACCAUUACCUCUCUCAGUGUGACUUCAGAAACAGCUGCAGUUCCUAUCUUGAUGCCUUUUACUGUCAACUUCACCGUCACCAACCUGUACUACACAGAGGACAUGGAAAACUCAGGCUCUGAGAUAUUCAAUGCUACUGAGAGAAACCUGCAGCACCUGCUCAGGACUUUGUUCAAAAACAGCAGCAUUGGUUCGCUCUAUGCUGGCUGCAGGCUGACCUUGCUCAGGGCUGAAAAGGAUGGAACAAGCACCAGAAUGGAUGCAGUCUGCACCUACCACCCAGAUCCCACAGGCUUUAGGCUGGACAGAGAGCGGCUGUACUGGGAGCUAAGUCAGCAGACCCAGGGUGUCGCUCUGCUGGGCCCUUACACCCUGGACAGGGACAGUCUCUGGGUCAAUGGUUAUAACCCUCAGUACUGGAUCUCCACCACCAGCCCUCCGAUGACUUCUACAUUCUCUCCAGGACUUCCUACUUCUCUACCUCCCACCUCCAGCUCUACAGCUGCAGGUGUGGGUCCUGAACUGGUGCCAUUCACCCUCAACUUCACCAUCACCAACCUGCUCUGCACCCCAGACAUGAGGCGCCCAGGCUCCAUUAAGUUCAACUCCACUGAGAGGGCCCUGAAUCACCUGCUUGGUCCCUUGUUCAAGAACACCAGUAUCGGCCCACUGUACUCUGGUUGCAGACUGACCUUGCUCAGCACUGAGAAGGACGGAGCAGCAACUGGAGUGGAUGCCAUCUGCACCUACCGUCCUGACCCCACGGGCCCCAGGCUGAACAGAGAAGAAUUGUACCAGGAGCUGAGUCAGUUGACCCACAGUGUCACGCGUCUGGGCACCUACACUCUGGACAGAGACAGUCUCUAUGUCAAUGGUUAUAACCAUCGGUACUGGACCCCUACCACCAGCACUCCAGUGACUUCCACAUUCUCUCCCGAAUCUUCCACAACUCUGUCCCCCAUCCUCAGCUCUACAGGUGUGAGCCUGUCUCUGGUGCCCUUCACCCUCAACUUCACCAUCACCAGCCUGCGCUACACAGAGGACAUGGGAUCCCCAGGAUCUCAGCUAUUCAGUUCCACAGAGAGGACCUUGAAUCGUCUGCUCAAACCCUUGUUCCAGAACAGCAGUAUUGGGCCUCUCUAUUACGGCUGCAGGUUGACGUUGCUCAGGCCUGAGAAAAAGGGAGCAGCGACCGGAGUUGAUGCUGUUUGUACUUACCAUCCUGACCCUGCGGGCCCUAAGCUAGACAGAGAGAAGCUGUACUGGGAGCUGAGCCAGCAGACCCAUGGUGUCACCCAGCUGGGCUCCUUCACCCUGGACAAGAACAGCCUCUAUGUCAAUGGUUACAACCACUGGACCUCGGCCCCCACACCCAGUGCUGCCGUGACCCCCGUGCUCUUUCCAAGGACCUCGGUGGUGCCAACCCACUUCUCCAGCUACACAGCAGCGGUUCCUUUCCUGGUGCCGUUCACCCUCAACUUCACCAUAACCAACCUGCACUACGAAGAGAGCAUGCAGCAUCCAGGCUCUCGGAAAUUCAACUCCACGGAGAAGAUCCUGCAGGGUCUACUCAAACUCCUGUUCAGGAAUAGCAGUCUGGGAUUCCUCUAUUCAGGCUGUAGAUUGGCUUCCCUCAGGCCUGAGAAGGAUGGGGCAGCCACCAGAGUGGACGCCAUGUGUAUGCAUCGCCCUGACCCUGAAGGCCUGGGACUCGACAGAGAGCAGCUGUACUGGGAGCUGAGCCAGCUGACCCAUGGCAUUGCCCUGCUGGGCCCCUACACCCUGGACAGGAACAGUCUCUAUGUCAAUGGUUUCACCCAUCAGAGCUCUGCACCCAUCACCAACACUCCAGGGACCUCCACAGGGCACCUGGGAACCUCUGGGACUCCAUCUUUUUUUCUCAGCUCCAGCCCCAUGGGUUACACCCAUCAGGUCCUGACCUCCACCCCCAGCACCUCUACCAUAUCCCCAGCAACCUCAGCGACCCCCAUCCCUACCCCCACAGCCACUGGUCUUGCCCCGGUGCCGUUUACUCUCAACUUCACCAUCACUAACCUGCAGCACCAGGAAGGUAUGAGUCACCCUGGUUCCCGGAGGUUCAACAGCACCCAGAGAAACCUGCAGCGACUGCUUGGACCCUUGUUCAAGAACACCAGUGUGGGCCCCCUCUACUCAGGCUGCAGGCUGACCUUGCUCAGGCCCGAGAAGGAUGGGGCGGCCACUGGAGUGGAUGCCAUCUGCACCCAUCGCCCUGACCCCGUGGGCCCUGGGCUGGACAGAGAGCGGCUGUACCAGGAGCUGAGCCAGCUGACCCGUGGCGUCACCAGGCUGGGUCCCUACACCCUGGACCCAGACAGUCUCUACAUCAAUGGUUACACCCGCCAGACCCAGGCCACCACCCCCAGCGCUUCUAUGGUGGCCACAGUUUCUGCAGGGGUACCAGCCUCCUUCUCCAGUCCCACAGCUGCUGGCCCUGCCCCAGUGCCCUUCACCCUCAAUUUCACCAUCAUCAACCUGCAUUACACGAAGGCCAUGCAUCCAGGCUCUGCGAAGUUCAACUCCACGGAGUCAGUCCUACAACGCCUGCUCAAGCCCUUGUUUGCCAACAGCAGCAUUGGGUCACUCUACACUGGCUGCAGAGUGACCACACUAAGGCCUGAAAAUAGUGGAACAGCCACUGGAGUGGACGCUGUCUGCACCUACCAGCCUGACCCCUCGGGUCUCCAGCUGGACAGGGAGCGGCUCUACUGGGAGCUGAGCCACCAGACCCAUGGUGUCACUCAGCUUGGUUCCUACAUCCUGGACAGGGACAGUCUCUAUGUCAACGGUUACACCAGACGACCACCGACCUCCAUCCCCGGUGUUCCUGUGACUUCCACGCCCUCAGGGACCUCGGCAGCUCCAAUCUCCUUCUCCAGCUCCACAGUCUCUGGCCCUGACCUGGUUCCAUUCACCCUUAACUUCACCAUCACCAACCUGCGCUACACGGAGGACAUGCAGCUUGUGGGUUCUGCCAAGUUCAAUGAAACAGAGAUGAUCUUGCAGAGCCUGCUCAGACCUUUAUUCAAGAAAACCAGUGUCGGCCCCCUCUACUCUGGCUGCAGACUGACCUCGCUCAGGCCCCAGAAGGCUGGAGCAGCCACCCGCGUGAACGCCGUCUGCUUCCGCCGCCCCGACCCCACGGGCCUCGCGCUGGACAGAGAGCGGCUGUACUGGGAGCUGAGCCGGCUGACCCAUGGCGUCACCAGGCUGGGCCACUACACCCUGGAGAAGGACAGUCUCUGUGUCAGCGGCUACACCCACCAGACACCGGUAACUGCCCCCAGUGCCCCCGGACGACCGCUGGUGCCAUUCACUCUCAACUUCACUGUCACCAACCUCCACUAUACGGAGGACAUGCAGCCUCCAGGCUCCCGGAAAUUUAACAGCACAGAGAAGUCCCUGCAGCUCCAGCUCGGACCCUUGUUCAAGAACACCAGUGUGGGCCCCCUCUACUCAGGCUGCAGGCUGACCUUGCUCAGGCCCGAGAAGGAUGGGGCGGCCACUGGAGUGGAUGCCAUCUGCACCCAUCGCCCUGACCCCGUGGGCCCUGGGCUGGACAGAGAGCGGCUGUACCAGGAGCUGAGCCAGCUGACCCGUGGCGUCACCAGGCUGGGUCCCUACACCCUGGACCCAGACAGUCUCUACAUCAAUGGUUACACCCGCCAGACCCAGGCCACCACCCCCAGCGGUUACACCCAUCCAGCUUCAGCCACCACCCCCAAGACCACUGGCCCCACUCUGGUGUCCUUCACCCUGAACUUCACCAUCACCAACCUGCACUAUACUCAAGACAUGGGGCACCCAGCUUCUUCCAAGUUCAACUCCACGGAGAGGAUCCUCCAGCACCGGCUCAGGCUUUUGUUCAGUAAGACCACUAUCGGGCCCCUCUACACUGGCUGCAGACUGGCCUCGCUCAGGCUUGAGAAGGGCGGAGCAGCCACCGGAGUGGACAUCCUCUGCACCAUCCGCUCUGAUUCCGCAGACCCCAGGCUGGACAGGGAGCAGCUGUACUGGGAGCUGAGCCGUGAGACCUAUGGCAUCACCCAGCUGGGCCCCUUCACCCUGGACAGGGACAGCCUCUAUGUCAACGGUUACACCUAUGGAACCAUAAUACCAACUACCACUACUGGGGAGGUCAGUGAGGAGCCAUUCACGCUGAACUUUACCAUCAACAACCUGCGCUACUCAGCGGAUAUGGGCCACCCCGGCUCCCUCAAGUUCAACAUCACAGACAGCCUCAUGCAGCACCUGCUUGGCCCGUUGUUCCAGAGGAGCAGCCUAGGAGCCCGAUAUGCAGGCUGCAAAGUCACCUCACUAAGGUCUGUGAAGAAUGGCGCCAAAACAAGGGUGGACAUCCUCUGCACCUACCGGCAGCCCCCCAGCAGCCCGGGUCUGCCUGCCAAGCAGGUGUUCCAUGAGCUGAGCCGGCAGACCCGCGGCAUUACCCGGCUGGGUCCCUAUUCUCUGGACAAGGACAGCCUCUACCUCAAUGGUUAUAAUGAACGUGGUCCAGAUGAGCCUCCUACAACUCCUGAGGCAGCCACCACAUUCCUGCCUCGUUCAUCAUCACCUACACAACCAGAAGCCACCACAGCUAUGGGAUACAACUUGAAGACCCUUACACUCAACUUCACCAUCUCGAACCUCCAGUAUUCAGUGGACAUGAGCAAUGGCUCAGCUAUGUUCAACUCCACCAAGAGGACCCUGCAGCGCCUGCUUGGAUCCUUGUUCCAGAAGAGCAGUUUGGGCCCCUUCUACUCAGAUUGCAGACUAAUCUCCCUCAGACCUGAGAAUGAUGGGCCAGCUACCCAUGUUGAUGCCAUCUGCACCUACCGCCAUGACUCCAUGGGCCAUGGACUUGACAGAGAGCAGCUUUACUGGGAGCUAUACCAGCUGACCCAUGGUGUCACCCAGAUGGGCUACUAUACCCUGGUCCGUGACAGCCUCUUCGUCAAUGGCUAUGCACCCCAGAGUUUAUAUACCCAGAGGGAGUAUCAGCUAAAUUUCCGCAUCAUCAACUGGAACCUCAGCAACCCAGACCCCACAUCCUUGGAGUACACAGCCCUAUGGAGGGACAUCCAGGACAAGGUCACCAAACUCUACAGAGGCAGCCAGCUACAAGACAUAUUCCACUCCUGCCUGGUCACCAAUUUGACGUUGGGCUCCAUGUUGGUCACCGUCCAGGUACUGUUCUCUUCCAAUGUGGACCCCAGCGUGGUGAAGAAAGUCUUUCUGGACAAGACCCUGAACGUCUCAUCCCACUGGCUAGGGGCCACCUAUCAGCUAACGGACCUUCAUGUGACAGAAGUGGAGCCAUCAGCUCAUCUACCAACAGACAUACCAACAAGCAGUCCCAGCCCUGAGCACUUCCAGCUGAAUUUCACUGUCACCAACCUACUCUAUUCCCAGGACAUAGCCCAGCCAGGCACCACCAAACACCAGCAGAACAAGAGAAGUAUUGAGAAUGCGCUCAACCAGGUCUUCCGAAAAAGCAGCAUCAAGAAUUUUUUCUCUGGCUGUCAAGUUUUAGCAUUCAGGUCUGUCUCACACAGCAGCCACACUGGGGUGGAUUCGCUGUGUAACUUUUCACCAUUGGCUCGGAAACUGGACAGAGUUGCCAUUUAUUUGGAGUUCCUGAGGCUGACCAAUAAUGGCACCCAGCUGCAGAACUUUACCCUAGACAGAAACAGUGUCCUUGUGGAUGGGUAUUCUCCCAACAGAAAUGAUGUCUUGACUGAGAAUUCUGACCUCCCCUACUGGGCCAUCAUCCUUAUCUGCUUGGCAGGACUCCUGGUACUCAUCACAUGCCUGAUCUGCUGCUUCCUGGUAACCGUCUGCCGGCGGAAGAAGGAGGGAGGCUACCAGGUUCAGCAGCACAGCCUGGGCUAUUACCUGCCUCACCUGGACCUGAGGAAGCUGCAGUGAGAGCUCUGCCUGGGAGCUCCAACAGGAAUAACCUCAUUGGGAUAGGAAUAAACCACAUUGGUUGGACACAGUCUCUGGGCCCUUCUUGGCUUGGCCUCGGACUGGUUCACAGGGGACCAAGAUGAAAGGUUUUCCCUUUCACUGACCCCUGAAGGGCAGCUGCAGUUCUGUCUCUUGGCUUCACACCAUUUCCUCCCUCAGAGGCAUCAGAACUGGCAAGAGACCCAGACAUUGUCAUCAUGUAAAAUCAACAUUCCACCUCAAUCCGAGGUUUCUCUUCCUAGAAACCUUGGAGCAUGCCUCCCCUUGGCUCUGUGCCAACCACCACACCCAUCUCCGUUCCUCCAUAUUUCCCCACCCCCAAUGUUCUCCUGACACUGUCUCAUUCUCGGAAGCUCGGGUUCACCAGGAUUUCCAGACCAGUCUGCCUCAGGGGCUCCUCUCCCCUCAUGAGUCCUCCAAGAUGGGAAAUGGUCCAAGAAGGAAUGAGUGAGUCAGGAAUGACUGUGCAAUCAACAUUGGGACUUGGAGCCGAAAUGACCAGGUAUCUGGGAAGCCUCAGUCCCAGAGAAAUCUCAAGGCUUGAGAGACAUGGUCUCUGCUUUGGAUAUAAAGUUAAAUAACACUCAGUGGGAAAGAAAAAAAUCUGAGGAAAAACUAGACAGUCUUUCUUUAUCUUUCUCUGUGCUGACUCCAACUAGAUAGAGCAGGGCUGCCCCCAGCAAGCACCUCCAGAUGAGCACGGCGUGAGGCAAGCUGUGCUGUCUGUCCUGCUUUGGAUUUGCGGGACUAAUUGGCAUGAUCUCUACACCUUUUGCAGACAACCACAGCUGAAGACACCCAAGGGCAGAGAAGUUGCAGCAAUGCCACCCUUUCAAACUUACUUGGUGUGAGAGUCAUAUCCUCAGUCUUAAACAGUCAUUCUCUGAGAGUGCCUUCUCUGGAAAUUAUAAUAAUGAUAACAAGAGCUAUAUUAUUAUUGAUGCCUUAAUCUCCUAAGCAACAUGAGUGGCAAACUUUCCCAGCUGCCCUCACAGUCUCUAGCCUCUGCAUGCCUUGUCUCAGCUAAAAUUCACCAUCCUUGAGAGCUGCAUUACCAUUUUAUAGCUAAUGAUACAGAGGCUCAGAGAUACUAAAUAACCAGGAAGGAAAAAAUUUACUACGAACCUAAGUUAAACACCUCACCACACUAUCUGUUGAAGAAAAAGGUAAAAACACUUUCUGAAAUACGGACAGACUCAACAUUGCCCUGCCAGAGGCCUUCAGUGAAAGAACCAGUCAAGGAUGUAUAUCAGGAAGCAGAAAUGUGAACCCAGAAAAAUGUAACAGGAGUGAUGAGGGAAAGAAAAAAUUCAGUGUAUCUAAAUCAGAAUUAGUCUUCAAACAAGGUAUUAAAGCACAUUCUAAAACUCCAGAUGAGUGCCUCAUGGAAGAAAAGAGGAUGGAAUAUUACUCAGCCAUCAGAAAGGAUGAAUAACACAAAAAUAAUGAAUACUGUUAUGCUGAAAA